UACAGCUUACAACACAGCACUAUCACACCUCCCCAUUUUCUCUACACAGAGAUAGCUUCCAUUUUCCGCUAAAAAAAAAAAAAACACCAUGGAUAACAACAACAACAGCAACAACAACCCUCACAACCAAUCUCCGACUGACCCCGCCGCCGCACAAACCGCCACAUACCCACCGCAAACACCAUUUCACCAUCUCCUUCAACAACAACAACAACAACUCCACAUGUUCUGGAAUUACCAACGUCAAGAAAUCGAACAAGUCAACGAUUUCAAGAACCACCAACUCCCUUUAGCCCGUAUAAAAAAAAUCAUGAAAGCUGAUGAAGAUGUACGUAUGAUUUCUGCUGAAGCACCAAUUCUCUUCGCUAAAGCAUGUGAGCUUUUCAUUCUCGAACUCACGAUUCGCUCUUGGUUACACGCUGAGGAAAACAAACGUCGAACUUUACAGAAGAACGAUAUCGCUGCUGCGAUUACUCGUACUGAUAUAUUCGAUUUUCUUGUUGAUAUUGUACCUAGGGAUGAGAUUAAGGAUGAAGGUGUUGGUGUUGGUGUUGUUGGGCUUGGGCCUGGAAUGGUAGGCCCAAAUACUGCUAGUGGUGUGCCGUAUUAUUAUCCACCAUUGGGCCCACCAGGUGGGAUGAUGAUGGGUAGGCCUGCAGGUGUGGUGCCAGGGGUAGAUCCGUCAAUGUAUGCGCCGUCACAGGCGUGGCAAUCUGUAUGGCAGACCACAGAGGAUAAUUCAUAUGCUAGUGGUGGUGGUAACAGUGGACAGCAGGGUAACCUUGAUGGUCAAGGUUAAAAGAUCUCGUUUGCUGCUGAUGUGGAGGCUUAACAGCACAAGUGCAACUAAUGGUUACAUAAGGGAAAUGUAGUUUCUUCUCUCAAAUGUGAAUUCACCUUAUUGCUAGCCAUGCAUACCGGUUUUAACUGUAAUGACUUGAAUCUUUUUGUCUGUAUAAAACUUGACUCUUUGUUU